AACUACUUAUUUGCUUUGUGCUUCUGUAGAAAAGAAAGUCUUGUGCCAUCAUGGCAAAAUUUCUGCUGCUUGCUUUGGCAUUUGGACUGGCACAUGCUGCGUUGGAAGGACCUAAGAAAACUGUUGCUAUCGCUGCUGAUAGAGUAGACAAGAUAGAGGAAAGUGGAGAACUGAGACUCUUUUGUCGUAGAAUUGUUUGUGAAGAGGAAUGCAAGAAAUUGAUAGUCACAUUUUAUGUGCUUGAAAAUGGACAGUGCUCAUUGACCACAAUCACUGGGUAUUUGCAAGAAGAUGGUAAGACCUACAAAACUCAGUAUCAAGGAAAUAAUCAUUUUAAACUUGUGAAGGAGACACCUGAGAACGUAGUAUUUUAUAGUGAGAAUGUGGACAGAGCUGACUGGAAAACAAAAUUGAUAUUUGUUCUUGGCAAUAAACCUUUAACUUCUGAAGAAAAUGAAAGACUUGUGAAAUAUGCUGUGUCAAGCCACAUUCCUCCUGAAAACAUUCAACAUGUCCUGGGUACAGAUACCUGUCCUGAGUAAUGAUCUUCUGUAGAUAACAGCAGGAUGAGAAUUAUGCAUCAUAACCUCUUGACGGUGGAAUCAGUAUCAUGUAUAAUUCACCUUUCCUUUCAAAAUACAUUUUUCCUCCCCUGAGCAGCCAGGAUACUGCAUACCACAUUCCUGACUUGCCUUUUCUUUCUCUUCUCAUGAUCUAUGAUCUGUUAUUCCUUUUUUGAAUGAUUAAAUAAAGUGAUUUAAGAAGCAAUAA